CAGCACACGGAGGAAUUUUUCAUCAAGCCCGAGUCUCGGAUCGCUCAGUUGGACACGUCGCAGUGGCCCCUGCUGCUGAAGAACUUUGACAAGUUAAAUGUGAUGACGGCACACUACACACCUCUUCCUUCUGGUGCUAAUCCGCUGAAGAGAGAGAUUUCUGACUACGUUAGGUCUGGCUUUAUUAACCUCGACAAACCUUCCAAUCCAUCUUCCCAUGAGGUGGUUGCAUGGAUCCGACGAAUCCUUCGAGUAGAGAAAACUGGACACAGUGGCACUUUGGAUCCUAAGGUGACUGGGUGCCUCAUUGUGUGCAUUGAGAGGGCAACACGACUGGUCAAAUCUCAGCAGAGCGCAGGCAAAGAGUAUGUGGGAAUUGUUCGGCUGCACAAUGCAAUUGAAAGUGAGGCUCAGCUUGCCAGGGCAAUAGAAACUCUGACAGGCGCACUAUUUCAGCGACCACCCCUCAUUGCUGCUGUCAAACGACAACUGAGAGUCAGAACCAUCUAUGAGAGCAAGCUGGUGGAGUAUGAUCCUGAGAGAAGAUUAGGUAUCUUCUGGGUGAGCUGUGAAGCAGGCACAUAUAUCCGAACACUCUGUGUUCACCUUGGCUUGCUGCUUGGUGUGGGAGGCCAGAUGCAAGAGCUCCGCAGAGUGCGCUCAGGCAUCCUGGGAGAGAAGGACAACAUGGUGACUAUGCACGAUGUACUGGAUGCACAGUGGCAGUACGACAACAACAAGGAUGACAGCUACCUGCGAAGAGUUAUCCUGCCCCUGGAGAAACUGCUGACUUCACACAAGCGGGUAGUCAUGAAAGACAGUGCGGUUAAUGCCAUUUGCUAUGGAGCCAAAAUCAUGCUUCCUGGUGUCCUGAGAUAUGAAGAUGGUAUUGAGCUUAAUCAGGAGAUUGUUGUCAUCACCACAAAAGGGGAAGCUAUCUGCCUAGCCAUUGCCUUGAUGACCACAGCAGUCAUUUCUACCUGCGACCAUGGCAUUGUGGCAAAGAUCAAGAGAGUGAUCAUGGAGAGAGACACGUAUCCCCGCAAAUGGGGUCUCGGUCCCAAGGCCAGUCAAAAGAAGAUGAUGAUCCAGAAGGGUCUGCUGGACAAGCACGGAAAGCCCAACGAGAGCACACCGGAUUCUUGGAAGGAGGAGUAUGUGGAUUACAGGGAUGCGUCCAAGAAAGAGGCAGGUGCCAUUCCCCGAGCUGUUUCAGAGCUGGAGAGGGCUCCAAAAAGGAAGCGAGAGUUGGAGAGCGAAAGUGAGGAGGCUGUGACCCCACCAUCCCCUGCCACCCCACCACCAGAGGAGCUGAGCAAAAAGAAAAAGAAGAAGAAGGAGAAGAAGGCCAAAGAGGCAGCCGAGAGUGGAGGAGAGCAAAUAGAAGUGACCAGUGAGACCAGCAACAAGAAGAAGAAGAAGAAAAAGAAACAAAAGGAGGUAGAAGAAAGCUCGGAGUGA